GGAAGAAGAAACUCACCAUUCCCUGCCCAGCCCCAGCCCCACGCCCAGAGCAAUCAACAGUUCCAGACUUGCUACAGAUCCGGCUCCGAAUCCAGUAGCCGCAUCCCUAAACCAUGGCUGGUCCCUUCCCACGUCUGCUGUCUGCCCGCCCCGGACUUAGACUUCUGGCUUUGGCUGGAGCUGGGUCUCUCGCCGCUGGGAUUCUGCUCCGCCCGGAAUCUGUACGAGCCGCCAGUGAACGGAGACUGUAUCCCCCAAGCGCUGAGUACCCAGACCUCCGAAAGCACAACAGCUGCAUGGCCAGUCACCUGACCCCAGCAGUCUAUGCACGGCUCUGCGACAAGACCACACCCACUGGUUGGACUCUAGAUCAGUGCAUCCAGACUGGCGUGGACAACCCUGGCCACCCCUUCAUCAAGACUGUGGGCAUGGUGGCUGGAGAUGAGUCCUACGAGGUAUUUGCUGAACUCUUUGACCCUGUGAUCCAGGAGCGACCCAACGGAUAUGACCCCCUAACAAUGAAGCACACCACUGACCUUGAUGCCAGUAAAAUCCGUUCCGGCUACUUUGAUGAGAGGUACGUAUUGUCCUCAAGAGUCAGAACUGGCCGAAGCAUCAGAGGACUCAGUCUGCCUCCAGCCUGCACGCCGGCAGAGCGACGAGAGGUAGAACGUGUGGUGGUGGACGGACUGAGCGGCCUGAAGGGUGACCUGGCUGGACGAUACUAUCAGCUCGGUGAGAUGACGGAGGCUGAGCAGCAACAGCUUAUAGACGACCAUUUUCUGUUUGAUAAGCCUGUGUCCCCAUUGUUGACCGCAGCAGGAAUGGCUCGAGACUGGCCAGAUGCCCGGGGAAUCUGGCACAACAAUGAGAAGAGUUUCUUGAUCUGGGUGAACGAGGAGGACCACACACGGGUCAUCUCUAUGGAGAAAGGAGGCAACAUGAAGAGAGUGUUUGAAAGAUUCUGCCGGGGCCUCAAAGAGGUGGAGAGGCUGAUCCAGGAACGAGGCUGGGAGUUCAUGUGGAAUGAACGUUUGGGAUACAUCCUGACCUGUCCAUCUAACCUGGGCACUGGACUUCGGGCAGGAGUGCACAUCAAACUGCCCCUGCUAAGCAAAGAUAACCGUUUCCCAAAGAUCUUGGAGAACUUAAGACUCCAAAAGCGCGGAACAGGAGGCGUGGACACCGCUGCCACAGGCAGUGUCUUUGGCAUCUCUAAUCUGGACCGACUUGGCAAGUCAGAGGUGGAGUUGCCUUUCAUCGGAUUGUAUCUGUGCAAAGUCCCUAUAAACAAUAAACUUAAACGAGCUGUGAGGACUUUAUUUGUCCAUUUUGACACAGAUGAAAAAGAUCCUGAGUUGACUGCUUCUCAAGCACCGAAGCUUGCCGAAAGCUGUUUCAUCCGACCAAAACCUGAUGUGCACCUGGCUGGUAAAGACCUCCAUUUUCUGAUGCUCAUCAGCCUUUGCUCCAGUACACUUUCCAGAUACUCCCACUAA